UCUUUGACUCGUAUGAGCUCCACUUAACGCAUAUUCGGCCCUUCAGGCGCAGUGUGACGAAUCUCUUGUAAAACUUGUACUUCUCAUUCAAAAUUUUAAUGUAAACUUUUCGGCUUCUCAAAAUUAGUUCUUCUCCUUUAGCUCUCUCACAAUCUCUCACAAUCAUUAGAUGUGUUCAGCCCCCCUCCCUCCCUUCAUCCUGUAAAUCUCGCACAAUCGCAGCUAGGAUCUAGAUCCAAGAUGCGGAUGGGAGAUGGACCAAUCACAACAGGGACUCGGAAACCGCGCAAUUCGUCAUUACAUCCCUCCUCAACACAAACUCGCCGAUGGGAGCGUUUUGUGAGACGAGGCCUUACGGGGUCGAGGUGAAACGUUGCUCAGUUGUCAAGGUGGCAAUAUUUUUACUCUGGAGGCAAGGUGGAGUGGUUCACGGUGUCAUGGACGCGCACUUGUCUCGUAGGAUCAGUUUGAAUACCUGAAGAUGGAUCGCAGAUAAAAUCUACGCCAACGACAGCUUUCGAUAAUCAAAAAGGUUUAUUUCUUUAAAUGGAGUAAGCAGGCACAUAAGUAGGUAUGGCUAUGAAAUGUUUUACUGCAUCCUCCGUGCCCCUCCUGUCUAAGUAUAUCUCAAGAACUCCUUAUGCCAUCAUGUCAGGAUCGCGUUCCGUAAGCUAUCAGUGCAAGAAAUUGUCCUUCAAUGAAUUUGGAGACCCUUUAAAAGUUGUGUAUCCAGAUGAAGAGGCGGUAUCUGAACCAAGCGCAUCGGAGGUUCUUGUUAAAAUCUUGGUCGCCCCUGUUAAUCCUGCAGACAUAAACAUAAUUCAAGGAACAUACCCUGUCAAACCUUCUCUCCCUGCUUCUCCUGGUUUUGAAGGGGUAGGAGAGGUAGUUGCAGUUGGAACUGGAGUGACAGAGUUUGCUGUUGGGGACCGAGUGGUUCCAAACUGCGAUACAUGUGGAACAUGGAAAUCCUACACUAAGUUCUCGUCUGAUGGAUUGCUCAAGGUGCCGAAUGAUAUGCCUAUUCUAGAAGCAGCAGGUUUAACUUCGAACCCUUGCACAGCUUAUCGUAUGCUGAGUGACUUUACCGAACUCAAGCCUGGAGAUGCAGUAAUUCAAAAUGGGGCCAACAGCGCUUGUGGCCAGAAUGUCAUUCAGUUAUGUAAAGCAUGGGGUAUCACAUCUGUGAACAUUGUGAGGGACCGCCCAAACUUGAAUGAAUUGAAAGAGCAUCUAUCCAGUCUUGGUGCCGAUCAUAUCCUCAUUGAAUCGGAGCUCAGGUCAACGCAAUUAUUCAAAAGCAAGGAAGUUCCAUUUCCAAAAUUAGCACUAAAUUGUGUUGGUGGCAACAAUGCAACAGAGGUGAUGCGACAUCUUGCUCCAAAAGGCGUCAUGGUGACUUAUGGUGGUAUGUCUCGUAAUCCAGUCACCAUUCCAACAUCUAGUUUCAUAUUCAAAGAUCUUGCUUUUCGUGGGUUUUGGAUGACAAGGUGGCACAAAGAAAACAGAAACAGCCCUGCUCGCCAGAAAAUGAUAGCAGAUCUUGUAGAGUUGAUGAAAUCCAAGAAGAUCAGAGCUCCAGCUCACAAAGUAGUGCCUCUUGAAAAUUACACUGAAGCCCUCAUGAACACAAUGUCUGUGCAAGGUUUUGCUGGCCAUAAGUAUUUUAUUGACUUUCGCAGUCUACAUUCAUAAGUUUUUUAUUUACUUUUUUUUGAGAAUGAAUUCUCUAAUUUAUUUAAUUAAGUAUGUCAUAGGAAGCCUUCAAAUGCUGUGAUGAGUCAUUAUGUUUCAACAUGCAAGUGUUCAUGGAAUGGUUAAGUUUUGAUGGAACACUUUAGUUGUCUCUCAUCGUUUAAUCAUGGAAAGAUCCGUUGUUAAUCAUCAAAUCUUAUUUUUUUUAAAAUGUGCUCAGCCCUAAUUUUUCCUCAGUGAUUGGUCAGUCUGGACUCUCCUUUUUUCUUUUACUUUUUUGGAAGGAAAGUUUGCCUGUGUGAUACUUUCAUGCCACAAAUGAGGUUAUUUUUAGUCCACUGCUCCCACAAUUGUUUACUAUGUUUCCAUUUUUCAAUGAAUUAGUAUUAGAAAUAUGAGGAGAAAAUAUGCCGAGAGUUCGCAUAAAUGAAUGGUUAAGCGUCCUCCAUUAAGAUACUUUACAUCAUGAGAAGAAUAAACAUGCUCCCGAAUUUUGAUUGUAUAGUACAAUGCCAAUGAGUGAAAUCAUUAAUACAUUCCACCCCUUCCGGGAGCCUAGAUUUCCAUUUUCUCAAGUCUUGGUAGUUGCUAAAAACCUACUGUUAACAUAAAAGAAAGAAUUUAAAAGAGGGGGUACAAACCUGCAAAUUGUAGAACUUUUGAACUUUUAAGUUUUUUUGUGUUUGUAAUUGGUCAACAGAUUGGUAGAACUGAUCAAUCAGUCAGAGCUUUUUAUUAAAAGUUUGAAGUAUUUUUUCACAAGGAUGCGCUUUCAGAGUUCAGAUCUUGCAAAUUCCUCCUUGGGAUUACAACACCUUAGUAGCAGAACCUAUUUAACAAAAGAGUACCUGAAAACCAGCAAAUUUUAAACGUUUCUAAUUUUGUUUCUUAAAAGGGGCCCAAAUUCUUCCUAUUCUUUAACUCGCCAUUUUUUUAAAACCGUCUUGGUGUUUUUCAUUAGUGUGAAUAACUCUGCAAAUGCUCAGUGAACCUUUUUAUAAACUUUUUUUUGCUGAGGGUUUGAUUUUUAAUAUUCCACUUCAGUGCUUGCAAUAUUAUCAAAAGUUGCCUCUAUUUUUUACAAAAAUAAAAUGUCUAAAUUUUAAUUAGAUAUUCUGUUGGCAAAACCUUAGGGAUCUGCUUCGUUCUGUAAGAAAAUUUCUUCUGUCAUUACUAAUUUACAGGCAAUAAUACAUAUCUGAGUAUCAAAUUACAUAUAAACGUACCUAAGGAAAAAUUCAUACACAAUGAGCAUCUUUGAUUGUAAUGCUUGUUGAGUCGACUUCAAUGAAAGACUGGUUGUACUUGCUUAACUGUCCUUUGAUGAAUGUAUUUUUUAUUUUCCCUCGAUUUUAAAUUUAUUUUUAAAAAUUGAGAAAUUAAAUAAUAAAGAAACAAUUAAUGAUGCAAUAA